GUUUUGCUUCCGGCGCUGUCCCGAGUCGGGACGCGGGCGGGGGGGCCGAGCCCGCUCCUGUGGCAGCGGCGGCGGGGUGACGGCGAGAGCGUCUGCUGCGGAUCGCGGAGCCGGAAGGCGAGCCGAGCCAUGGAGCCGCGGCUGUGAGGAGCCCCCGGCCCGGGCCCCGCUCUUGGGAAGCCGGGCCGAGGCCGGAGCCGGAGGACAUGGACAAACUGACCAUCAUCUCAGGAUGCCUCUUUCUGGCCGCCGACAUCUUCGCUAUCGCCAGCCUGGCGAACCCGGACUGGAUCAACACCGGCGAGUCCGCGGGUGCUCUCACAGUUGGCCUUGUGCGACAGUGUCAAACCAUUCAUGGACGUGACAGGACCUGUAUUCCUCCACGGUUGCCUCCUGAGUGGGUCACCACCUUGUUUUUCAUCAUCAUGGGAAUCAUUUCACUGACUGUCACCUGUGGCUUGCUAGUGGCUUCCCACUGGCGAAGAGAAGCAACUAAAUACGCACGCUGGAUAGCAUUCACUGGAAUGAUCCUAUUCUGCAUGGCAGCCCUAAUAUUUCCCAUAGGAUUUUAUAUCAACGAAGUGGGCGGCCAACCUUAUAAACUGCCGAACAACACAGUGGUUGGGUCGUCGUACGUACUGUUUGUUUUAUCCAUUUUCUUUACAAUAGUGGGACUUCUAUUUGCUGGCAAAGUCUGUUUACCUGGCUGACAAAGGUCUAGAUACUGCUUCACUCGGUCAUGAAGGAGAGUAGGACGUCCGUCGCUAUCUCGGAAGGAUGCCUGCGUUGGGCUGCUGCAGUCUUACCGGAACGAGGAGGUCUCUGAUGUGUUCUCACUAUGCACUUUGGAUUUAUUUUUGUUUUUGAAUGGAGAGCCUUUCCCACAACCAAAUACAGACAGACAGCCUUGACUCAUCUCCUGAGCGUCUGGAUGAGGUCAGGUGUGCACUGUGAUAGAAACUAGUGUAGUGGAAUAAUUCUUUUCUACACUGAGCAGCGUUAUUGCCCUCCACCCCCCACCCCCCACCCCCACAUCACUGUACUGGACCCAUUUUAGAUAACUUGACAAUUUUGAAAAGUCUCAAAAGUAUUUAUGAACUUUGGUCGACCAGAGGUUUGCCAAGGGAGUUGGAAGUGGGGCUGGCCUCACUCUCUUUAGGAAAUAAGCAUCUUCCUUCUGUGAUAGGCAAGAAGCAUUUGCCGCCAAAAAAACAACAACAACCAACCAACAGCUCAACAUUACACUAACUGCAUCCUGAAGCCAAUUGAUCAAAAGAUGUUCUCGGAAAUCUGUUACAACAAAAACGUCUGCCUGCCAUCUCUCUCGCCAACCCCAGUGAGCUCUAGAAACACUGUGGAACGUCACGGUGGCUGGGAAUUCUUUAUUAUAUUUAUAUAAAUAUAAAUAUAUAUAUAUAUAUAUUGCUGAUGCAGUAUACAGAAUAUGUAUAUAUAUGUGUGUGUGUGUGCGUGUGUGUGUGCGUGUGCAUACACACACACAUAUAUACACACAGACACAUGUUUCUGGAAGAGAGCUCUUGAGCGCUUUGCUAGCAAAACACUGUGGUGUGUAAAACUAGAACUCGAUAGGAGAGGGGGGAAAGUGAAAUAGAAAAACAUACACAAAGCCAUUUCUCUGAAGGCUGCAUAGCUGGGAAAGCCUUCAGUUUACCUCAUUCUUUGUAGCAGCCCUUGGUUUUAACAGACGUUUUGUUAUAGGUACAAACAACUCCAUACUUUUCUAGGUGCAAUUAUAAGUUAAGCUAAGAGGGUUUUCUUUCUUUCUUUAUAUGGUAAUUUAUUUGUAUACUGAGGAUAGAAGGCAAGUUUGUGUCAUACUUUGCCAAGAUCCGAUCCCAGUAUUGGGAAGUUACACUACUUAAAUUAUGGGCAACUGAAGUGGGUUGGUUCCUCCCCCAUCUCUCUCUGUUUCUCUCUCCCCACCCCCCAAACCCUCUUUCCAGCUUGCCAGCUCUUUCUGGCUUCACUUAUUAAUAUGAAUUUCUCCACAGAAAAUCUACCGUGAGAUAUCACCUCAAGUUGGCUACAUAACGUGAACCGUAGCUUUGUAAAAGCUACAAAGAGGGACAUAUUCUUCUUUCACGUGCGAGUAUUAAGUUAAAUCCACUGGUACAAAAAUGAGAGCCAUAUGGUCACUUGACGUCCCCAUGCUUUGCCUUGUUCUGACACUUAACGUAGGGCUUGCCCACUUCCAAGGGGCCUUUGCACUUCGUAGCAUCGUCUCCCCUCUCAUCCUGGCCGCUUAAGAGAGUCUGCCAUUGCCAACCUCCUCCAGUAAUGGAGGCAGCUCCUGUUUUCUCUGCUCUCCGGCCAAGAGAGCACUUAUGGGGCCACCAGAAGUGAAGAACGACCUGCACAAUAGCCAAAAAGGAAGAUCUGAGCAACAGUCUUUUGCCACAGAGUGUUUCUGAGCAGCAGCGCCUGCUUCCCAUUCUGGCCAUGAGCAGCCCCCAUUAAAGCUCCUUAAUUCAUGUCAUCAGACCCAGCAGCAGCGGCCUGGUUUUUGUAGCUCCACUCAUCAGCAGGCCCUUUACCAGGACGUGGGCUUUGGCAGAUGCCUGAUGGUUUUGACCCUAGGCGCCAGCCCUGCUCACUUAAGUGACGGCAACCGAGUGGAGCUGGAACAACAGCAGCAACGAAACCCCACACUACAGACAUACCUCAGGUUACAGACGCUUCGAGUUGCGCCUUUUCGGGUUGCGCACCGCGCCGAAUCCGGAAGUACGGGAACGGGUUACUUCCGGGUUUCGGCGCAUGCACAGAAGCACUAAAUCGCGACCCGCGCAUGUGCAGGCGCGGCGCUGCGGGUUGCGAACGUGCCCCCCGCACAGAUCACGUUCACAACCCGAGCGUCCCCUGUAUUUUGGAAGAAGUUGAUAACCUUUGAAAUACUGUUGGAUGCUAGCUGCCGGUCCUUUGUUGCAGGAGUUGCUUAGGGAGUAACAGCUGUUGUACUUUCAGCAUAACACAUGGUGUUGCUUUCUAUUCAUGGGUACAACUGAUCACUGCAAAGUUGUCAUAGAAUUGUAGCGUUGGAAGGGGCCACAAGUGAUUGCCGUAGCAGUGGGAAAAUGUAAGGUUACCAGGCCGGCAGUAUCUCAUGCUGCAAUCAGGCACUGAGGGGAAUUGCUUCCGGCUUCAAGAGAAAGAUCCUGACCAAUUUUAAUUUGUGUAUGCAAAAUUUGCUGUAAAAAAUGAAGGUUCUCUGGUAGAAAAACCUUGUAUGAUUUUCAGAACAACCUUUCAAUCAUGCAAACUUUCCCAUCACAGUAUUGUUGCCAGAGGCUGACUUGGGUGUAUCAGAUUCCUUUCUCUGUAGAGUUUACGGAUGAUUGUGAUAUAUAUAUAUAUAUAUUUUGCCUGGAGUAUUUGUUUUAAAAAAUUUAACCUGUUCACUCAGCUGGCUGAGGGGUUCUUCACAAAAGAAAUUGGGAGCGCUGUUGAAUUCUGUCAGCUUUCCUAAAAUGACACCCUAUGUGGGCUUGCUGGUUUCGGAUGUGAAAGCUCUUUUUAAAAAUGCGCAAUGUUGGACAAAACUGGAGUGCAACAGGAAAUCCCGUGCAGAGCUCUGAGGAGAUCUUCAUAGUUUAAUGGGGUUAAUUUGUUCGCAUUUAUGAAUUGGUACUUAAAAGGGAUGAGCAAGCUGAUAAAAGGCCUGGCAGCUAUAACCUGUACUAUUAAGGGUAAAAAAUAUAUAUGACACAUUCUCCAAAGGAUUAUUGUAAAUAGUUCCAUGGAAUAAUAUGGAGGUGGUGCAUUUUCCUAGAAGUUUUUAUCCCUGGUUUGUUACCUGCCUGGGUUCUUUCUAGGGCUGCCAGUAGAGUUACUGCCCCUUCUCCUGUGCAGCAUGACACCCAGAAAUACAGCUAAUGAUCCCUCCACCUGCCCCUUUCCUGCCAUGGAAAUGAAAUUAUAUUAGAAACCUUCACCCGUUUAAUUUCUACAUAUCAGGCCGCUGUUGUAAGACACAGGAGCAGAGCUUUUUUUAAAAAACAACAACAACAAAAACUACAAACUCUUGCCCUUUUACUACAUUCUAUGUCUUGCCAUAGUAAAAGACAUAACUACCCUACAAUUAUCUGAGUAACUGUAUGGUCCUCUUUUCAUACCUAGUUUGCUGCAGGUGCUAUUUUGAGAAUAGGAAUCGGAGCAUUUAACCUCGCACAAUCUCUGCCUAAGAAGGCAGAGUGAGUUAUGGCUGGGCCAAAUCUCUUGUAGCCCUCCCUGCCCGUCCUCUAUUCUUUCCUAGUGUGUAUCUCCUCACCCCACCCCAAAUUCAUACUGCCAUCACCCGUCUUCAUUGGCACCAUCUUUCAGACGUGGGAUCUUGCACCCCUAUCCAAAGCUCAGCCUGCCUUUCUACUUUAAGAAGCUAAAUUAGACCCCAUCUCCCCUGUUUGGAAACGUGUGCAAAUGGCAUUACUUAAGAGCUCUUGGUCGAGAAAUAGGAAGACCGUGGAAGCUCGCUAAAUGGCCAUUUAUUAUUUUUAUUUUUUGGAAGAACCAGGGAUUCUCCCAAGCUCCCAUCUUUAAACUAUUAAAUGGAAGGGUUUAAUAUAAGCCGGCCUUGACUUGAGUUAGAAACUGUCCUGAGAACGUAGAUUAGCAACCUAAGCUGAUGGAUUUGUGUUCGGUGCUAAACAAGAGGUCAAAGGGUAUUGGGAGAUGGGUCACAUGUAUCCAAAAUGCAUCAUGGGAGUCUUAGUAGGGGCAGCGUCAAGACUAGGGCAGAGCGACAUCUGCUUUUCAGCAUCACGAUAUAUCACCAGCUAAACAUCAUGAUACAGUCAUACCUUGGGUUACGGCUGCUUCAGGUUGUGCAUUUUCAGGUUGCGCACUACGCCAAACCCGGAAGUCCCGGAACGGGUUACUUUCGGGUUUUGGCGCUCGCGCGUGCGCAGAAACACUAAAUCAUGCUUUGUGCAUGCACAGAAGCGCUGAAUCGCAACCCGCACGUGUGCAGAUGCGGCGCUGUGGGUUGCGAACGCACCUCCCACACGGAUCACGUUCACAACCCGAGCGUCCACUGUAUACCGAUAUAUCUGAAAUAUAUGUCUGAAAUGAGGAUGGAACUACGUAGAGGCAAAUGGCGUAAUGUCCUGGCAUCUAGGGGUGUAAAACUGAUACGGUUUUACUUAACAGUUGUAACAGUAUGUUAAUGUUAUUUUAUAGUACAGAGCAACAGGGGUGGCAGGAAUCAUGAGAACAGCAAUGACCGGCUUCACGGUUUUUCCCACGUUGUGAUUUUUUUUUUAAAAAAAAAACCUAGACAGACAUCACGAUAUAUCACCAUGUUGAACAUUAUGAAACUGUUCCCGCGAUGCAGACUUCAAACUGAUUUUGGACGGUGUAUUGAUACAUCACCCAACCCUAGUCAAGCCCCCCGCCCCUGCUUACUUGGGGGGCAUAUUUGCCAGAACGACCUCACCCCACUGUCCCUUUCCUGCAGAUCACCACAUGGUGACAUUUUCCUGACUUAACUAAAAACAGGUUGGGAAAGUUCAGAAGAAGGGCAUCUGCCAAUGACCUUCUGUGAUCAUGGAAUGUGUCCAGUCUGUAUAUUGUGAGCGGGAGCCUGGCCUGUCUACAGGUAUUUGUGAAAACCAAUAUAGCUGCAGAAUGCAUAAAUAAUUGGUGUGUUAUGUUUGUUUAACUUUAAUUUCAGUCAUUGGGGAGGGGUGUGGAUAAUCCUUCUAACUUUAAAAAGGAAUGGGAGGGACAGAGAGGGUCAGCACUUGCUUUUAAUAAGAUCACAUGGAAUGCAGUAUUAAUUUAUAGCAGAAAGACCAUAUCUUGUAAACUGUAUAUAAAACACAGUUUUAUGGUGCAAUUGUUUGUCAACCUUCUGUCUGUUACUUUGGGGGGGGUCAGCUUUGUGUGUUCCCCCCCCUUCCCCAUACCUAAGAGCAUCAUGCUAAAAUCAGCAAAGAAAUAUUUGUCGCUUGUAUUUGCACAAGGAUUUUUUUCUCUCUCUCUUUUUUGGGAAAACCUGUUACAGGCUUUUAAAUAAAUGCCUCUGCCCUUAAUUCAGUUCAGCGUGUGCAACUUUUUUGCCCAGCAAAAUCUGCAUUGGUGGGGUGAGCAUUCACAUAAAGCCUUUUGAAAUUCUGCCAGCUUUACUUUUAAGAGCAAAUUAUUUGUAUUAGUCCAGUCACACUUACUUUGCUGCUAUUUCGUGAACGCCCCAGGUUAUUUGAUGUCACACGACUCCGAAUGCUUUUAACAUCCUGGUUCUGGUGAAAUGAACUUCAUUCUACAGUCAUUUUGACAGGCUUAUGGUAAACUUGUAUGGCCUCUAUUUCUAUUGUGACCAAUAAACUUCACAGCAGCAGCUCUUCCUCCCCACCCUGCUUUUUUGUUUGUGAGAUUUCUCUG